AGGUGCUUCCCGGCUUGCUGGUCCAAUCCUUCCAAAGCCACAGAGGGCACGGAGGGCAGUUCGGAGGCUGUCCAGCCAUGGAAGGCACCGGGGAAGUGCUGAGCCCGCUCUGCCGGGCAUACAUUUACGCCAUCCAUGGCUACUUCUGUGAGAUCCUUUUUGUGGUCCUCAUCCUGGACGAGGACUGGGUCUUCCAGGGACCCCUCAGCGCCUGCUCCCUCCUGGUCUACGGCACCUGCGGGAUGGCCAUGGAGGGCAUCUACCUGCAGCUGCGGGGGGACUGCUGCCUGCUGACCCGCUGUACUCUCUACACCGGCUGCAUCUACCUCUGGCAGCUGGGCACCGGCUACCUGCUACGCUGCCUUGGCGCCUGUCCCUGGGACCACAGCCAUUUCCACUACAACUUCCUGGGGCUCAUCGCCCUGGAGCAUUGCUUGCUGUGGUUCGUGGGUGCCCUCCUGCUUGAGAGGCUGGUCAUCGCCCCCACCCUGCGCCUCCGCCUGGGACCCCUCUGGAAACCCAAGCAGCGCCCCGUCCCCAAGUUCGAGCUGUCCCACGACUGACCGCGGCUGCCCCGGGCAGAGAAGCGAGGGAGCGCCUGGCACUGCCCUUCCUUGUAUGCCGCCUGCUCCUGCCAACCCCAUGGAAUGUGCCCCUUUCUCAGUCCCGAUAAGGCCGCUGGACAUGUCUGCCGGGUUGGGCAGGUGCUGCCGCUGGACCUGGGGAGAGAGAGCCGAAUUCCAAACCUCCCCGAGCCAGAAAGUGAUGUCAGGGCUGGCUUUGGCCUACCUCAACAGAUUGUUGUGAAGACUGGCUGGACAACGCCCUUGGCGCUCCCUGGAGAGAAGGCAGAGAGUUGACUAUGAAUUGCGACUGUGGUGGGGCUCGGUUUUGUGAUGUCGCGUGAUGCACGGAUUUGUUUCCUUUUUUUUUUAAAGAGUAACUAUUUGGAUAGAAUAAGAGAGUUGGAAGGGUCCUUGGAGGUCUUCUAGUCCAACCCCGCUGCUCAAGCAGGCAAAUAAAA